AAUCGAUAAUCUGUACAGUCAGAUAGCAUGUUCCCUGCUUGCAGCCAUUCCCAUUGUAUACCGGCUCGUAUUAACCCGGGUGUUUAAAGAAGGGAAGGAUGUAACCCUGGUCCAGCAUACAUUGUUAUUCCACGAAGAAGACACAACAUCAACAAUGGCUACCCGCUCAGCCCAACAGGACAGUCAGCGACUGGACAUGUCCAAGAUGACCCUAGAGGAUGAAGACAAGAACCUUCUGUUCUGGGCGGCUGCUGCUGGCAACACAUCCAAGGUUCAAGACUGUCUCUCAAACAGGAAGCACAACAUUGAUAAACGUGUGCUGAAAGGAAGAACAGCCGUGAUGGAGGCAUCUGUGCGAGGCAAGCAGACAACAUUUGAGCUGUUGGUGACAGCCGGUGCAGACUUAACCUUGGUUGAUGAUGAUGGUGAUUCUUGUUUAAUUUUGGCUAUUGAAGGUAAAAACAGAGCCAUAAUUCAAAACUUAUUGAAACAAGAUAAAGUGAAUAUCAACAGCAGGGGUUCGGAAAACAGAACUCCAGUGAUGGUGGCAGCCCUGGUGUGGUGACUUUGAAAUUUAUGAUUAUUUGGUGUCUGCUGGAGCAGACGUUUUGGUCUGUGACAGCAACAGCAACACCUGCCUUCAUCUAGCAGCCCAGAGUGGCUGUGCCAAAAUAGUGGAACAUUUACUCCAGAAAAGAUUUGAGAUCAAUCUCCGGGGUCAAGUUGGGCAGACGCCACUGAUGAUGGCUACCUUUGCAGCAAAGAAGAAUGUAUUUGACUUGUUGUUUGCCAAGGGAGCAGAUGUGUCACUCGUGGAUGCCAACAACAAUGGCCUGCUCAUGAUGGCUGUAUUUUCUGGAGAUACAUCAAUGUUGAAAACGGUUCUGGAGAGAGGGAAGCUUGAGAUAAACAAAGCUGGAGAGAAGAGGAUGACUCCUGCCAUGAUGGCAGCAUUGCUUGGCAACAAGGAAUCAUUUGAUCUGUUGUUAGCUGCUGGAGCAGAUCUAACACUGAAAAAUGAAUUCGGUAAUGAUUUCUUAUUUUGGGGAGCCAGUGGAGGCAAUUUGAAAAUUGUCAAAUAUUUGUUAUCGCUGAAAAAGUUUGACGUAAACCGACAACAAGAACAUGGAUUAUCUCCCUUACACAUAGCAAUCACUAAAGGACACAAAGAAGUGUUUCACAUCUUGGUGUCGGAAAAUGGGGAUGUUAACAGUCGUAACGACCAGCUUUACAACAGUCUGAUGAUAGCUUCUGAUACUGGACACAUUAAUAUUGUAAGAAAGCUGAUAUCAAUGAACAAGAUCAAUCUGAAUGAACGUGAAGAGAAUGGAUGGACGGCUGUAAUGAUAGCAGCUAAAUGUGGCCACAAUGAAGUCUUCGAUGUCCUUGUGUCAUCAGGAGCCAACGCCUCACUCAUGGACAAGGAUGGAAAUGACUGCCUGAUGUUGGCAUGUAUCUAUGGCCAAGCCGUGAUGGUGAAGCAUCUGUUGUCCAUGACGAUGUACAACAUCAACCGGAGAGGAAUCUACGGUUGGACUCCUGUCAUGGCGGCUAUCAACGAGGGUCACCCCGAAGUGUUCGACGUGCUGGUGGAGGCUGGGGCGGACAUGACCCUCCUGGAUGAGAGAGGGAGCAACUGCCUCAUCCUGGCCUGCAUGGGAGGGAACGUUACCAUAGUACAACAACUACUGUCGAUGAAGGUAUUUGACUUGGAGUACAAAGGUCUUGAUGACAGCGCAGUGACAGCAGCGGCGAGGGAGGGGCAGACGGACGUUGUUCAGCUGCUCAUUGACGAAGGUGUCAGGAUAGACUUGUGAUCAGCGAAUAGAGACAUGUAUGUUAAAGUCCAGCUGGUUGAUACAGAAGUCGAGAACAAAAGACUGAAGUGUGUUUCUCAUGUCAACCAGUGGUCUAACUGUAAGAUGCCGCAUCUUGCUGAGCAGAGUUGCUUCCCUUAGUUGCUAGGAUUCACUGUCAUGCAUUCAGAUCCCGAUUUACCACAUAAAUGGUCUUCCAUCAGACCUGCCAGUCAGUUUCAGCCUAACCAAAACCUGUUCCAGAGCUCAACAGUUAGGAGUAGACUCCUGCCCAGGCAUAGAGGAGGCGAGUCUGUAUGGCACUAAAAUAACUAUUGCAGCAGCCACAGAUAAAAAGCCAUAUGCUGUGACUGAUUUAAUCAGCAACAAGAGUACAAGUGCAAAAGACACAGUAGCAUCCGGCAAACAGUGUUACGUCCUAGACUGUGGCUGAUCACCUCAGUGUCUGUUAUGUGAUAACAUUUUUGAACUGUAGCAGUUUGGGCAUUUCUUCCACAACAUUCAUCUUGACAGUUCCAUUGCUUACGGGAGACUCGAACCAGAUCUCACUCAUUCAUCCUUGUAAACCACAACUGAUGUAAUGGACCUUGACAACGGAUCCUUAAGAAAUAAGAACAGAAUCGAAACAGUAAUCCAUUUAAUAGACAUUUUCCUCAACUCUCCAGAGACAGAAGUAAUAAUGGAAGGACGUUACAAUGUUCUCGGCUUCAAAGGCUCAUGGCAAAAUUGCCACUUUCUAUGGAAGAGGAACAGUGGGGUAGACUAGUGGUUAAAACUUUCACCCGUCACGCAAAAGACAUGGGUUCGAUUCCCCACAUGGGUACAAUGUGUGAAGCCCACCAUAAUAUUGCUGGAAUAUUGCUAAAACUAAACUCACUCACUCUAUGGAAGAGUGGGAAGAUCUCGUACCAUCCUUCGCCAAUGAGCAGUGUAUCAUGCUAAAUACUCAUGAAAAUAACUAUCUGUUUCAUGUAGAAUCCAUGUUUAGAUUUAUUUAUACUCAUGUUAGCCUGUUAUGUUGCAGUGAAGUGUUUACAUAUUGUACAAGUGUAUUGUGGAAGUGCUAGUCAACCUUGAAACAGAUUAUCAUUCCACAAAGGGAGAUAACUCUUGAAUACAGUCUCCAGAGACCAUAAACUAGAUCACAUCAGCUGCUCCCAACAACUCCAACAGAACCUUUACAAAUAUAAGAUCAGUUUAUAAUACCAAUAUACAUCAUUUCAAGGGGCGGUAGGGUAGCCUAGUUGUUAAAGCGUUCGCUCAUCACGCCAAAGAUCCGGGUUCGAUUCCCCACAUGGGUACAUUGUGUGAAGCCCAUUUCUGAUGUCCCCUGCCGUGAUAAUGCUGGAAUAUAGCUAAAAGCGGCGUAACACUAAACUCACUCACUCACCCAAUUAACAGAAAUAUCCAAAUACCAGAACUAGAUUUGAAGUUGCUACAGACAGCUGUACUGUUACCAUGUACUGUUAACAAGAAAUGAGAUGUACGUGAAGCUUUGCUUUAUUUAAAUGUUUUUGAUCUCAAAAUUAUACCAAGGCCAUUUCAGCAUUAGUCACAUAUCCUGAAUCUGUAACCAUGGUACCGGUAAAUACAUUGUUUUAACACACA